UGACAAAAUGGAAGCCCACCAGCAUGUGAGGAGACCUGAAAGUGGCACAUGGCAGAGUGUGGCGAUGGAGACAGCAGCAAUGGGAGGCCGUACAGGGACCCAUGACAACUCUGGACCUGGCAGCACAUGAGGAGGCGGUACAGGGGCCCAUGACAGAUUACGGGCCUGGCAGCAGCAAUGGGAGGCCAGGAGACCUGAAAGUGGCACAUGGCAGAGUGUGGGAUGGAGACAGCAGCAUGGGAGGAGGUACAGGGACCCAUGACACACUCUGGACCUGGCAGCAGCAUGAGGAGGUGGUACAGGGGCCCAUGACAGAUUACGGGCCUGGCAGCAGCAUG